AUGGUGAUCAGUCGCAGGUGGCAGCAAAGUCUUGGGGGGCAGCGGCGGCAGGGCCCCAUAGUCGCUGCAGCAGCAGCAGCAGCAGCAGCAGCAGCAACAGCAGCAGCAGCAGGAAUAGCAGCAGCAGCUCUUCGCACUAGUGAACAAGCAGCAACAAAAGCACCGGGCAGAACUGCAGCAAAGAAACGAGCAGCAAGCAGAGCAAGUGCGGCGACGGCGGCAGCAGCAGCAGCAGCAGCAAAUCAGCAGCAGAUCAGCAGCAGCAGCAGCAAAUCAGCAGCAGAUCAGCAGCAGCAGCAGCAGCAGCAGCAGCAGCACACUUGGCAAGCAGCUGCUCGUGGAGAGCUACGAAAUCGCUGA